GUUUAGAAUCACCAGUGGUGAUUCGCCUCUAAUCUUGCUUGCCUGCCUGCUGCUGUCUCUGAUUCUACUAUUUUGAGAAGUUCUAAAACUCCAGCCAUCCUUCAGUGCUCUGAUGGAUCUCUUGGGAAGCCCCAUGCUUCUCCUGUUCAUCUGCCUCUCCUGUUUGAUUUUCCUGGCAGCAUGGAGGAAGAAGGACAAGCACAAGAAUCUUCCCCCAGGCCCGACACCCCUGCCGCUUAUCGGGAACCUCCUACAGCUGAAGACCAAGAACAUUAUGGAACCCCUGCAGAAGAUGUGUGAAAAAUAUGGACCUGUGUUCACCAUUUAUUUCGGCUCAGAGCGGAUGGUUAUUCUCCACAGUUAUGACACACUGAAGAAAGUUCUGGUCGAGCAUGGAGAUGAGUUUAUCAACCGAGGCUCCUUCCCAAUAAUUGACAAGUUCACCAAAGAAAGAGGUAUCUUCAUGAACAGUGGUGAAGGUUGGGUUCAGCUCUACCGUUUCUCCCUCACAACCUUGCGCAACCUUGGAAUGGGGAAGAAAAGCAUUGAGGAGCGGAUCCUAGAGGAGGUCAAGCACCUGGAGAAGGAAUUACAGGCCAGAAAUGGCCAGCCUUUCAACCCAGCAUUCUUCCUCAGCUCUGCGACCUGCAAUGUGAUCAGUCACAUCCUCUUUGGAGUAAGAUUCGAUUACCAAGAUGAGGAGCUUCUCCAAAUGCUUCACUGGCUUAGUUAUACCUACUGGUUCCAGAGUUCUCCUGUAGGGAAGUUCUACAACCUCUUCCACAGGAUCAUGGACUACUUGCCUGGUCCUCACCAAACCUACUUCAAAAACCUCUCUAAUGUUCAAGAUUGGAUAGCCCAGAAGGUGAAAGAUCACGAGAGAACUUUGGAUCCCAACAAUCCUCGGGACUUCAUAGAUUAUUUCCUCCUCAAAAUGGAGCAGGAAAGGAAUGAUCCCAAGACCGUGUUUACAAAAGAGAACUUGAUCGUGGCGAUUUUCGACAUAUUCUUUGCUGGGACAGAAACCACCAGCACCACCCUGAGAUACAUGUUCAUGGUCCUGACUGAACACCCAGCGGUAGCAGCAAAGGUCCAUGAAGAGAUAGAGCGAGUGAUAGGCCACGAGAGGCCUCCAGCCAUGAAGGAUUGCCCUGAGAUGCCGUACACGGAAGCCGUCCUUCACGAGGUCCAGCGGUAUCUGGAUCUAGCCCCUUUAGGGUUCAUCCACAGUGCGAGACGGGACUUUGAAAUCGAAGGCUUUACCAUCCCCCAGGGAACCCCCAUCUUCCCCAUGCUGAGUUGUGCACUGCAUGACCCCAAAUAUUUUAAAAAUCCACAUCAGUUUGACCCGGAAAAUUUCCUGGACGAAAGAGGAGCCUUCAAGAAGAAUAGCGCUGACAUGCCUUUUUCUGCAGGGAAGAGGAGCUGCCUAGGAGAGGGCUUGGCCCGCAUGCAGCGCUUCUUAUACCUUACCAGCAUCCUGCAGAACUUUCAGCUCAAGCACCCUCCAGGAGUUACCAAAAUUGACCUCACACCAGAGGAGCCCAGAGCAGUGUACUACAUACUUGAGUUUCUCUUUCACAACAACCCUGUGAAGUAGGCUAGGCUGAGAGAGAAGUGACUGGCCCAGAGUCACCCAGCAAGUAUCAUGGCUGAAUGGGGAUUUGAACUCGGGUCUCCCCGGUCCUAGUCCAGCACUCUAACCACUACACCACCCUGGCUCUCUUAUGAAUCAGACACAAGAUGGCCUCCCUGCACCUCCCUAAUUAUGACAAGGGCCUCUGGUUGGCUGAUAGCUCAGUGACUGGGCUCCCUCCUCCUCAGACACCCAUCACCUGGACUUUGGAGGAAAGUAUGACGCAAGAAUCAGCUGCCAUGGCACAGCGUGGAAGCAGCUUGUCUGGAGUGCAAGAGGCUGUUAGUUCGAAUCCCCAUCGCUGUGCUUCCUAGACUGUGCCGAAUAAAUACAUUUGUAGUCACUUAUAUUGGGCAGCAGUGAUAUAGGGAGGUGCUGAAAGGCAUCAUCUCAUACUGUGCAGGAGGAGGCAAUGGUAAACCCCUCCUGUAUUCUACCAAGACAAUCACAUGGAAUGUGAUCACUAGGAGUCGACACCAACUCGACGGCACAAUGACACAAGAAGAAUUUCUUAAGGGGAUUUUAUUAUGUAGCGAAGCUUUAUGUAAUACUUCCAGGCCAGAAGUUGAAGACAGCCCUACAGGGAGCGAGGCAGAACCUCCAGAGGUGAGCUUCCAGGGUCUUUGCUGGGAUGCUGAAGCAGUGAGCCCGAUGAGAGGACAGUGAGCCCUCCUUAUCCAAACCGGAGAGCUGCAAAGCCGAUGCUCACCCCAUGUCUCUUCACAAAUCGCUUAGUUUUUCUCCAGAACCUUCUCCAGCGGCUCCUUGUGAUACGAUCCAGCUGCAGCAGAGGCACAAGACAGACCAGACCGUCAGCAGAAGCAGAGUAGUAGGCUGUGUGUGGCCCCCCCAAAGCGCUUGCCUACGAACAGAGGCGAAUUAACGUAGUAGCAAAUGUAGCAUUUGCUACGGGCCCCGCAUUUUCGAGGGCCCCGCACGCCUGGCUUCCAACUGGGAAUUAAAGUUAAAACUUUACUUGUUUUAUUUGGUCCAUGUUAGAUCAAAUAUCCCUUUUCUGCUAAAUGUGUGUUUUAAGAGAAGGCCCAGCACAGCAUCUGUCCUGAGGCUGUUGCUGGUGCCUACCACAUUUUUCUUUUUUGAGUGUGAGCCCUUUGGAGACAGAAUCAUCUAUCCACUCUUUAUUUUUCUAUGUAAACCACUUUGAGAAUUUUGAUGGGGGAAACGGUAUAUAAAAGUUCACUGUUGUUGUAGUAAGUGUGAGUUUGUGGCUUGGUCUCCCAUACUCCAAAAUAUAGCAAAUGAAAAAAUUGAAUUACUUUACUAUGCAAGUAAAUCAUUUACGUUUUAA